AUGGCUGCCACCCAGCGUUACCAACCACCCACCCUCCCCAUCAAUGUCCCUUCCAAGGCUCCCGCCCCGGCUGGCCUCUACCCCAUUGGCCGGGUCGCUGGCUCUCCACCUGAUGUCGAAAAUACCAGCAUGACGGCUGGUAGCCGGACAUCGGGAGGCUUUGGCUAUAGCUCCGGGAGCGACUAUGAAUCCAGUAACGGAUCAUACUCGGGUGUCGACGUUGUCGAUGUCCUGAACGACCGCAUGCAGGAGACGUUUGAUCCCACUCCAUUGGACAAAGGAUUGGUGAAGCAAGCGCAAACCUCCGGCCACCUUAACGCCAAACAAAGAGAACUCAUGGAACUGCAAGCUCUCGCCCAGCGUCGUCUAAAAGGCGCUCGUUCGAACUUCUCGGAGGGCAUCAAAGUCGCCCGCGAGACCAAGCGUGACCUCGAAUGGACCCAGAAGCGCGUCAAUGCUCUGAAGACGAAAGCCGAAGCCGCACACCCCGAAGAAUACCGACGGGCGUCGAAGAAAUACGCCUUCCAAGAUGACGACUACUAA